CACAAUAAUACGAACGAUACGAACGCUUCAAGGUCUUGCUCUCAUAAUUGAGCUUGGACUAUUGGUAUAAACAAUCACAGUGGUCUUUUCUUUUAAGCCAGCAAGCAAAUAGCCUCGAAACUCAUCUCAGACUUCAGUGCAAAGUAUUGAGAUAUCGUAGGCUUUUAAGGGCUUAGGCGUCGGAGUAGAUGCGCCGAACACUCGGUGCCCGCUGCAGGCCCCUGGCUGGCCUAACGCGAAGACAGGUCAUAUACUCAGCAGCACGGCAGCAAAGACGUAACGAGUCUACUAUUAUUGGCAGCGAUGCCAGUGCCGAUGAGCAGAGUAAAGUGGCGACGGAACAGAAACCGAACGUUAUCUUCUCCGGCAUCCAGCCCACUGGUGUUCCUCAUUUAGGAAACUACCUAGGGGCAUUGCGGCAAUGGAGGAAGCUUCAGGACGAUGCGAAGCCCGAGGAUAUACUGCUCUUCUCCGUCGUAGACCUGCACGCCAUCACCAUGCCCCAAGACGCCAAUGCCCUACGUCUGCGGCGCCGCGAGAUGCUAGCCGCGCUACUAGCCAUCGGCCUCGAUCCCGAUAAAGGGUCUACGAUAUUCUUCCAGAGCUCCGUGCCUCAGCAUACCGAGCUCAUGUGGAUUCUCAGCUGUACGGCGUCGAUGGGGUAUCUGGGGAGGAUGACGCAGUGGAAGAGCAAACUCCAGAUAAACAACAAAGCAGGCGAUCUCGAAGAAGCCGCCCUAACCAAGUUAAAGCUGGGCUUAUUCUCAUACCCCGUGCUCCAAGCAGCCGAUAUCCUAGUACACCGUGCAACACACGUCCCCGUCGGCGACGACCAGCGGCAGCACCUAGAAUUCGCGCGCGAGUGCGCGACUAAUUUCAACCACACGUUCAAGAACAUCCUCGUUCCGCCCGAGACCAUGACCACCCCCUCCCCCCGCAUAAUGUCCCUAACCAACCCCGAAUCCAAAAUGUCCAAAUCAGCACCCAACCACCGCUCCCGCAUAGUCAUCACCGCCCCCCCCAACGAGAUCCGCACCCGCAUCAUGAGCGCCGUAACCGACAUCCACAACGCCGUGACCUACGACCCCGAAACCCGCCCCGGCGUCGCCAACCUGCUCGAGCUGCUCUCGCAGUGCGGCUCCGCCCAGGGAACCCCGCCUCGUCGCCUGUCCCCCAACGAGCUGGCCGUCCAGCUUUCCGGCGCCAAGCUCAAGGAUUUGAAGGAGCUGGUCGCCGAGGCCGUGUGCGUGGAGCUGCACGGCGUGAGGGACCGCCAUGACGAGCUGUUGGAUCGGAAGGGCGGCAAGUGGCUUGAUGAGAUCGAGGCCGAGUGCGCCGAGGUGGCGAGGCGGAAUGCGGAGGAGACGAUGAGGAUGGUAAGGGAUGCGGUUGGGUUGGGGCCGGCGGCGCGGCUUACCUAGGCUGUUGGUGUAUGAGAAUAGAAAAGCACGUUAGAGAAGCUAAAGACGUGUGACGUGUAUUAUACACGUUAGCUACUACGAUAGAUGCGACAUCGUCAUAGUAAACAUCUGUGGUAUUAUUCAC